CACCAUGUAUCCUUCAUGAAUAAUUGGUCACUAAUUUUGUUAUUAUUAUUAUUAUUAAUAAAUAAUAAAAAAAAUAAUAAUAAUACCUCAUUCUCAUUCCCAUUCCCAUCCCAUCACUCCAACAUCACAUUCACAUAUAUUUCUCUUCUCUGCAGACCAAUUAUAAUUCCCUCUGUACACCGUUUUCUCUUCUCUCUCUUCCAUGGCGUACUAAUUUUACAACCAGAAAAAAAAAAAAAAAGAAGCCCAACUCUUCCUCCUCCUUCUCCUCCUUCUCAGUAACAUUUACAGCACACUAGGGAAAGUCGAGAUGGGUGCUUCACUCUGUAGUUGUCGGUGGCUUUGCAUCUUCAAUCUGCUAUUGCUUUGUGUUUUUGUUGGACAGUUUGGAUUUUGCUUUUCUUCUAAGGCUUAUGUUGUUUAUAUGGGAAGCAAAAAUAUUGGAGACCACCCAGACCACAUUCUUGCCCAAAACCACCAAAUACUCGCCGCUGUUCACGGUGGCAGCAUUGAACAAGCGCGGGCCUCUCACCUUUAUAGCUACAAACAUGGCUUCAGGGGAUUUGCUGCCAAGUUAACGGACGAACAAGCUUCCCAGAUUUCUAAGAUGCCUGGAGUGGUCUCUGUGUUUCCCAAUUUGAAACGAAGGCUUCACACCACUCACUCUUGGGAUUUCAUGGGUCUCUUGGGUGAAGAAACAAUGGAGAUUCCUGGAUAUUCUACUAAGAACCAAGUUAACAUUAUUAUUGGUUUCAUAGAUACAGGAAUCUGGCCUGAAUCUCCAAGUUUUAGCGAUGAUGACAUGCCCCCAGUGCCAGCCAGAUGGAAGGGGCGGUGCCAAUCAGGAGAAGCAUUCAAUGCCUCAUAUUGCAACAGGAAAGUGAUUGGAGCAAGAUACUAUAUGAGUGGCUAUGAAGCUGAAGAAGAUUCAGACAAAAUAUUGUCAUUUAGAUCUCCAAGGGACAGCUCUGGUCAUGGCAGCCACACAGCCUCAACUGCUGCAGGUCGUUAUGUGUCAAAUAUGAAUUACAAGGGGUUGGCAACUGGGGGAGCUAGAGGUGGUGCACCAAUGGCCAGAAUUGCAGUGUACAAAACUUGUUGGGACUCCGGUUGCUAUGAUGUUGAUUUACUAGCUGCCUUCGAUGAUGCGAUUAGAGACGGGGUUCAUAUAUUGUCUUUGUCUCUGGGUCCAGAUGCCCCUCAGGGAGAUUAUUUCAAUGAUGCCAUCUCUAUUGGAUCAUUUCACGCUGCUGCUCGUGGAGUGUUGGUAGUUGCUUCAGCCGGAAAUGAAGGAAACCAAGGUUCUGCAACAAAUCUCGCCCCAUGGAUGAUUACAGUUGCUGCCAGUUCAACAGAUAGGGACUUUGCAUCUGAUAUCAUAUUAGGAAAUGCUGCUAAUUUUUCGGGUGAAAGUCUCAGUCUCUUUGAAAUGAAUGCUUCUGCAAGAAUCAUCUCUGCCUCUGAAGCCUAUGCUGGAUACUUCACUCCUUACCAAUCCAGUUAUUGCUUAGAGAGUUCCUUGAAUAGUACUAAAGCCAGAGGGAAAGUCCUUGUCUGUCGACAUGCUGAGAGUUCAACAGAAUCUAAGCUGGCAAAGAGUACAGUUGUCAAAGAAGCUGGUGGAGUUGGGAUGGUCCUUAUUGAUGAGGCAGAUCAAGAUGUUGCCAUUCCCUUUCUAAUUCCCUCUGCCAUUGUUGGAAAGGAGAUAGGGAACAAGAUCCUAUCUUAUAUUAAUGGCACACGAAAACCAAUAGCAAAAAUAUCCCGUGCAAAGACGGUUUUGGGUUCUCAGCCUGCACCACGGAUUGCAGCAUUUUCUUCCAAAGGACCCAAUGCUUUAACCCCUGAAAUUUUGAAGCCUGAUGUCACAGCUCCUGGACUUAACAUCCUCGCAGCAUGGUCUCCUGCAGUUGGGAAAAUGCAUUUCAACAUUCUUUCUGGAACUUCCAUGGCCUGCCCACAUGUAACAGGAAUUGCAGCCUUGAUCAAAGCAGUUAAUCCUUCUUGGUCUCCAUCUGCCAUCAAAUCUGCAAUCAUGACUACUGCUACCAUCCUCGACAAAAACCUCAAUCCCAUUACAGUGGAUCCUAGUGGAAGAAGAGGUAACGCUUUUGAUUAUGGAUCAGGAUUUAUUGAUCCAACAAGUGUCCUUGAUCCCGGUCUCAUAUAUGAUGCACAGCCAACAGACUAUAAAGCUUUUCUCUGUUCAAUUGGUUACGAUGAGAGAUCGCUGCAUUUGGUUACGAGAGACAAUAGCACAUGUAAUCAGACUUUGACAACAGCUUCCGACCUCAAUUAUCCUUCCAUCACUGUGCCGAAUCUUAAAGGCAACAUCUCUAUAACUCGAACAGUGACGAAUGUUGGCAAACCAAGAAGCAUUUAUAAAGCUGUAGUGUCUAAUCCUGUUGGAAUCAAUGUCACUGUUGUGCCGAAGCGGCUAGUCUUCAACAGCUACGGCCAGAAGAUUAAGUUCACUGUGAAUUUGAAGGUUGCAGCUCCAUCAAAGGGCUAUACAUUUGGGUUUUUGACAUGGAGAAAUAGAAUGACAAGGGUCACUAGCCCUAUAGUUGUUCGGGUUGCAUCUUCAACUAUGGGGUUGAUGAGAUGAUGUGGCUUCGUUUGUAUAUAUGUUGGUCAAGGAGGUUUGAGAUCCACAGCCUACAAAAUGAAAUAUUAAUGCAAAAAUAUAACUGACAUUGUAAAUCGACGGUGACGGCCAUUAUAUUCUUGGAUCACACAAGCUGCUGAAUUUAUUCGAAGAUUAUUUUGUUAUAGCGGAUAAUAAAAUAUGGGAAUAUAUAUAUAAGUUAAAGAAUAAAUUUUCCAUUGUUUUAAUUGUUAA